AUGGCGAGGGAACAUGCUCGCCCGAACGAUCAUUAUAUGCCAAAUGUUGACACACUGCUGUACAAACCUCUGGCCACUGAGCCAUUAGCGAGCUUUAUAUUUCCAGAUUUUGGAGCGCUGCAUGCCUUGCGGCUGGAAUCUUUUGUGAAUUUGAAUUUUCAGGAGAUUGAUGUUAACGGGUUUGAGAUAUACAUUGUGGAACAAUGGGCUACUGAGAGAAAGAUUUCUACCGUGAUUACUUCUUAUACUGGUAACUCGCAGGAUACAAUCCGUGCGGUGCAAGUCGCACUUCCGGAAGAUCCACGGAAAUGGCCCGCACCAUUGAGGAACUAUCAUGAUAAUUUAGUGACCUUUGCCCAGGCGAAAGUUAUGUCCAAGGGCACUCUUUUCAUUACGAAUUUGCCUUCAGUACCGUCGAACUUGAAUCUUUUGCAUGUAGAAUGCGGUGACGUGAGAGUGAUCUGGAGGAACUUCGAAGUGAACCUGGAUUUGAAAAGACUGCAGUGCGGUGGUAGAUCAGCUCUUCUUUUAUGCGCGUCCACGAAGGCAGCUGAAGACAAGUUUUCGCAACUAUACAAAAUAUCAAUGUGUCCGAUAUCCCGAGAGCAGUACCUGCAGUGUGAUGAUCAAGAUGACCAUGGGCAAUAUGCUCCUAUGGGUCUAGCGGAAUGUUAUCAUCCAGUAAUAGAACUCAUAACGCUGGUACAAAUUGCGUUGGGCUAUUUUGAUUUGUUUCAUCACGAGAAGGAUGGACUACUGUGCAAUGAUACGAUAUCGGCCAUUAAUCGAUGGUGGAAUAAAUACGGCAAAUUUUACCUAGGUGUGGAGCGUUUGAAGAAUGAAGGUCCACUGGGUCCCACCACAACGACAGCAUUAAUAAGUCUUGUUUUGAGUUGCUACUUCAAAAUGAAGGUCGAAGACUGCGCUUUUUCUAAGGAUCCUUUCGAAGAAACGCCAUUCCGCAACAGUAUUCAUGCCUUCCAAAAGAAGUACGGCAUUGGUAAGGGCUCAGGCGCGAUCUACCUGGAUGAUAAGACUUUGGAGAAGUUAUUCGAAGUCUCUGCAAAGACUUCCAACACAGAUAUCUUCAAAUUUAAGAAAGUUGUCAAAUCUACUGUUCAGGAUAUCGCGGGACGAGGCAAUCCAAUGCAUCUUUCUAACGAAGUUCUAACAACCGAUUUGGACUCCUUUGUGAAGCAUAUUCAUGGUGGAUCUUUGGGAUUACUAUGGAAGAGUAAAGGUAGACCCAGACGUCGCUUGAGAAAUAUACGGGAGCACCUCGGAAUGUGUGAUAUAAAAUACUUCAGAGGCGAUCCCGAUGCCUUACUCGAGAAACAAGCCAUUUACUUUCUUGAAAUGAAGGCCCACGGUGCCGAUUCUCAGAAUUCUUCUGAUGGUCAGGAAAAAACCCUGUGUGAGGCCAAUAAGUUGAUGCGAUACGAUAGCUCAGGUUCAUCCAUAUCAGCGUCAUCGAUGUUUUGUAACUACGACAAGAGCAAGUAUGCCCGCAAUUUUGGAAUCAACAAAGUUUACCAUGAAGAGUAUAUCAGGCGUCAUUCAUUCCCCUACGCAGAUGAUGGGACGCACGACACUUUCGACGAUGAUGAUGACUCGUGUAAUAAGCAGAAAGCACAUUGUCUAUAUCGCUCUGAUUCCGUUUCUCAAGUUCAAGACGUUAUAGAAACAUGGCGUCUACCGUUUGAUCCCUCUUUGGUUAAAAUGGCAAGAGAUCUCCUAAGGAUAAGAUACAAGCUGGAGGCGCAGCAGAGAGUUGAUGAAAUGAUGCAUGGGUAUAUGGGGAAGCUUGAGCUGAACGGGGAUUGUACCACUGCGUUUAGUGAUCUGAUGAGCGAUCUGGAAAGUGUCUACCAUAGUUAUUCUCAGAAUCUUGGAGAAUUGGAUGAGAAGAAGAAAGGAACUGAUACAAAGCAAGCUCUUCUUCGAGGUGAGAUGCGCGAAUUGAAUUCGCUCUCGUCAAAGUUUCAAUACGACAUGCGAGUCCUUAAAGGGCGUAUGAGAGAUGUUGAGGACAGUGUAAAUCAUUUCGAGACCAAGUUAAUGGCUAUGCAGAAAUCACUUGUUGAACAGGGUUUGGGCAUCGCUACCGCCGUUGACUCACUGAGCGACAAGGUUAAAUUUGACAAGUGCGUGAGCGCCUUGGUACAGGAAAAAGACACAAAAUAUGAGGGAAUAUGCUUGAAGAUGUUCAGCAAACGGUUCGUCAGGGAUGUCAAGGAAGAUGUCUCUCAUUGGGGCUCAUGGUUUUUCACCAAGCUUUUUUACAGGCAUGGAAACACCGAUAAUGGGAUCAAAUGA